AUGGCGGAUGACGAACUAAGACUCAUUACAUUUCAAAAUGAUUAUUACACGAACUAUCUCCAGGCAAAGAAGGCCAAACAGGCCGAGAUCGACCGCAAGCGUGCUGAGGUGCGCAAGCGCAUGGAGGAAGCCUCCAAGGCCAAGAAGGCAAAGAAAGGUUUCAUGACUCCCGAGAGAAAGAAGAAACUUAGGUUGCUCCUGCGUAAAAAAGCAGCUGAGGAAUUGAAGAAAGAACAGGAACGCAAAGCCGCUGAGAGGAGGCGUAUCAUUGAGGAGAGGUGCGGUAAACCCAAGAACGUUGACGAUGCAAAUGAAGAUGCUCUUGUGAGGGUUUGCAAAGAAUAUCACACCCGCAUCGGCAAGCUUGAAGAUGAAAAGUUUGAUCUGGAAUACAUCGUUAAAAGAAAAGAUAUGGAGCGGCUCUCACGAGCAUCAUUACCGGUUAUCACCAGCGUAUCGCGAAACUCGAAGAGGAGAAGUACGAUCACGAGAUGGAAGUUGCCCGCAGAGCAUUUGAGGUCUGAUCUGCUUUGGACAAUAGGCAAUUUAUGCUACGCUCUGCGUUUUAAAAAGCUCAAGAGUAUAAUACAGGAGUAUUAUGACCGCAUGUAUGUGUGUGAGGGCCAGAAGUGGGAUUUGGAACACGAAGUCAGGAAAAGAGAUUAUGAGAUUGCAGACCUGAACUCUCAAGUAAAUGACCUCAGAGGCAAGUUCGUUAAACCAACACUGAAGAAGGUGUCAAAGUACGAGAACAAAUUCGCUAAGCUUCAGAAGAAGGCCGCUGAGUUCAAUUUCCGUAACCAAUUGAAGGUCGUCAAAAAGAAGGAAUUCACCCUUGAAGAAGAAGACAAAGAGAAAAAACCAGACUGGUCCAAGGGCAAGCCAGGCGAUCAGAAGGUAAAGGAGGAGGAGGUUGAGGCAUGA